AUGUGACAUGCAACUGCAUCACUCCAAACAUUGUAACAGCAUGUCUUCUGGGUUACAGCUAUUGAAACGUGCGGCGGUCAGCUCCAGUAUGGGUGUAGAAGCCUGGUUCAUGGACAGCUCUGAUGAAGACCAGAGAAAGCCGCACAGACUGAACCCAAACCAGCCUGUGUCCCUGGAUGAAUUACAGAAGCUCGGGGUAUUUUACUGGAAGCUGAAUGCUGAUAUCUAUGAAACAGACCCGGAGCUGGAGCAGAUCCGCAAAGACCAAGGCUACUCCUACAUGGACAUCAUCACUAUUCACAAGGACAAACUACCCAACUAUGAGGAAAAGCUGAAGAUGUUCUUUGAAGAGCACCUGCACGUGGAUGAUGAGAUCCGCUACAUCCUGGACGGCCAGGCCUACUUCGACGUCAGGGACAAGGAGGACAGGUGGAUCAGGAUUUCCAUGAGAAAAGGAGACUUGAUCACCCUACCAGCAGGCAUCUACCACCGCUUCACCCUGGAUGAGACGAACUACACUAAAGCCAUGAGGCUGUUUGUGGGGGAACCUGUGUGGAAGGCUUACAACCGUCCAGCUGAUGACUUUGACAUUCGUCAGAAGUACGUGGCUUCUCUGCAGGGAUCCUGAGAGAGAGAUGCUCCUUCCAAUCUAAUCUGGUUCUGCCCGGCCACGAAAGCAGGUUUUCAGUUAGAAAGUUUAGAGACAUAUUCUGUAGCAAAGGAGGUUGAAAUCAUCAGCAUGUUAUGUGCUUAGACUGUUUUAGCGGUAAAUGAAAUGAUAUAGCCUACAUUUAGUCUAAAUAAUCACAGUUACUCAUGCUGUACUUAAGUACAAUUUCAAGUUCAAGUACUACUUUAUUACCCUUCUAAGGGAGGAAAUAUUUUUCCUUUUACUACAGUUGACAACUCUAUGGUUUCUGCAAUGGUACAAACUAAAGUACUUAAACCGAGGUACACCUCUACCAGCUACUGUCAAAAGUAUAUAAUACAAUAGCAGUAUUAGAGUUAACAAGGGGCCAUUUACUAUUACUUAUUUUUUUGAUAUGUGAGUACAAUAUGCUGAUGAUACCUUGGUAAUUUUACUGAAGUGAUAUUUCAAAUGUAGAACUUUGAAUUGUAAUAAUUACAAUUCUCUUUUAUGUAAGGGUUUGAAUACUUCCUCCACUACUGGACAAUCUGCAGUGCCUUGUUCUCUUGAAUUAUUUAUCUCAUAUGUUAGGUUCUGUCAAACUUAGCUUCAAUGGCAUGUUUGAAAAAUGAAUUAUGCAACUGAUAGCAGCAUUUUCCAUUUUUAUAUUCAAACGUUUCUAAAUCAGUACCUGUUAAUGUUAACUGAAUGUGACUGGACAUGCUGCAAACCCUUUAUUCAACUGACAAUAAAACUGCUGCUAC